CAGAGCCUAUUAGCGACAAGACUCCUGCAGAAACGGAGAAGGAUACUGAAAUCCCGGCUCCUGAGGAGGCCGCCGCAGAACCCGCUGCAGAACCUGCCGCAGGCUCGGAGAAGCAAGAGGACGAUGAAUUCGCAAACAUGUCCGCCAAGGAAAAGAGGAAGGCCAAAAAGAAGAAGAACCGGCUGUCCAAAAUGAGCGAAGUCGAGACUCCCGCCGAAGCCGAACCCUCAGACCCUCCCCUUGAGACGGCAACUGCACCUGCUGAAGAUGACGGUAGAGCAACGGUCACCGACUCCACUCGCUGACACUCCCCAACCCGUGCCUGAACGAACCGAUCCCGAUUUGUCAUUUGCAUUGCACGGUGAUGAAGAGAAGAGUGUUGCUGAUAAUAAUGAUGGGGGAGGCCAACAGGGCCAGUCAUCCGUUGAAGCUGAAAAGAGAGAGGAGAAAAUUGUCGAGGCAGAGCAGGAAACCGAGCCCACAACGUCUGCGGCGGAUUCCGAGAAAGCAGGCGCCGAUGCGACCGAGGUUCUAGUACCUAAGCAUGAGGAGGGAGAAGGACCCGUGGCCGAACCUGCAGUUAUCGAGGGAUCUGAAGAUAAACCGAAAUUGGAAACUUCAGAACAAACCCCGGCAGCGGAAGAGCCUGUUCAGGCAGAAAGCCAGGAUACAAUUGAGACACCACCCAUCUCUGGCGAAAAGGAAGAGGACUCAACGACUAGUCCAGUCACAACAGUCGAAGAUAUUGUUCCCCAGCCUACCGGCGAUAAAUCUGUGGGUGAAACAGCAGAGACAAGUCAGACUGUCCCACCAGAGACCGAUUCUCUUGAGCCCGCUGCGCCGUCACGAAAACUGAGUAAGAAGGAGCGCAAGAAGAAGCAGCGCGAGGCGCAGAAGGCAGCACUGCCGAGGGAAUCGGAUACGCACGACCCUUCCGAGGACACAGUUCUCCCUCCUUCUGAUGACCGUGAGCAGCCAAUUGAUUCGGGGGUUUCAGAGGCCAAGAAAGACACAGAGACUUUGCCUGAAGCAUCCGUCCAAGAGCUUGAGGCGUCAAAGUCACAGGAACAUGUCGAGGAGCAGCCUACUUCUGUCGAGGGCACAUCACCUCCUUCCCGUGAUGACCAACCAAUUGAUUCAGCUAUUUCCGAUGACAACAAAGACGCGGAGAUAUUACCUGAAGCACCUGUACAAGAAGCCUACGAGAAGCACGAAGAAGAACAACCUGCCUCUGCAGAGGGCAAAGAAGAGCCUGAAGAGGUCAAGGCGGCUCCGGAGACGGAUGCGAACGAAGUAUCUUUAGACUCGAACACUCCUAUCGCUGCCGAGGAACCCCAUGGAGUUGAUACGACAAAGACUCCUACUCCAGAAACUACAGAAGGGGAGAUCCUUCCUGAGAAAGAAACCAAGGGCCCUGAGACCGUGACUUCAGGAGAGAACAAGAGCGAAGACAACGAAGCUGCUCAAGAAACAAAAGAACUACCUCAGACCGAAGAUGUGUCGGUACCGGUCGAAGCUACAGUCGAUGAGGAAAAGCCAAUUGAGACAGAGCCUGUCGAGCAUGUGCAAUUACCUGAGGCGGACCAUGCGCUACUUUCCAAAGAGAAACAACCUACCCAGGAGGAGACCAUUCCUGUCCCUGAAGAGGCUUCUAAUGAGCAGGCACAAGCGGCGGAUGCCAAAGCUCCCGAAGAAAGUGUCCCUGCGGAGCCAUUAAGUCGGAAGGAGUCCAAGAAAAAGAAAAAGAAGGCAAAGAAGGACAGUAAGAAACAGUCGGACGAGGCUUCUUCUAGUCCUACACCUCUCGAGACCAAGGAAGAAGGCGCUGCCGAUACUCCCACUGGAGAGGCAGACACUGCAUCCGCCCUGCCAGUUGAAGAACCAAAGACUGAACUGAAGGAGCCUGAAAUGUCAUUGGAGGGUACGUCAGCGGAAACUCAAGAAUCUGAGCGAAGUGUCGAACCAACCCCUCUUCCGGAGGCGCCUCUUCCAACAGACGAAUUAGCCCGAGAGGUGCCCGCAGACACUCAAGGCCAAGUCAUCCAGGAGCCCAUUGAAGAACAGCACGAGGCGUCGCGAGGAGAUGAGGGCGUCACGGGUGAUGAAAAAUCAGCUCCGGUGAAGAGUGAAACUGCUGGGAAGGACAAUGCCAACACCGCUGAACUUCCAGUUGCCGAAGAGUCUGCAAAUGUUGAAUCUGCAGAGCCUGUCUCUAGAAAGCAGUCGAAGAAGGACAAGAAGAAGGCGAAGAAGAAGGCUAAACAGGAGGUUGAGGAGAUAUUGCCGCAGUCGGAGCCAGCUCCAGAGGCUACCGAAGAGUCUAUCGAAGAGCCCUCUGCGGUUGAGAAAAAGGAGGUGGAGAAUCUGGAAUCGGAUGCUGUGCAGCAAUCAGAGCCCAAGCAUGAGACAGCACCAGAGGCUUCUCAAAGUGUCAUCGAAGAGCAGCCUGCUCCCACGGAAAUACCAGUAGAGGAAGUCAAACCACAGGCAUCGGAACUGCCUGAACCUCUGCCAGAGGUUUCCAAUGAGCCUACUGAACAGCGACCCAGCGCCAUUGAGACAGCGAAAGAGGACCUGGAGCAGCAGCCAGCUGAACAGCCUAUGCUUCAGCCUGAACCAGUGCUCGAAGCUCCUAGAGACAUCAUCAAAGAGCAACCUGCCAUUCCGGAAUCAGCAGUAGAGAAGGUAAAGCCUCAGGAGACAGAACAACCCGAGCCUGAGUCAGUUCUGGACAAUGUCCGGGGGAUUGUUCAAGACGAAACGCCGAAGGAAAUCGGGGAGAUGAGAGAUGAGCAACCAGAGCCUGAACCAGCUCCCGAUGCUACGAAGGAGCUUGAAGAGCAGCCACCCGUUCCGGAAGCAGCAGCAGAGGAGGUAAAACCACAGGAGGCCGAACAGCCCGAGCCUGAGUCGGUCUCAGAACUUCCUAAGGAAAUUGUCGAAGAGCAACCUGCCACCACUGAAACGCCAACUCAGGAUCCGGAACCACAAGUCACCGAGGAGUCCAAACCGGAUGAGAAUCCUCCUUCGCGGACAUUGUCUAAGAAGGAGAAGAAGAAGAGACGCAAGGCCAGCCAGAGCCAGGAGGCCAAAUCAUCGGAAGCCGGGGUCCCUAAUGAACCGACAACCGGACUCGUCUCUAAGCCAGCCCGUGCACCGGAGUCGGAGGCGUCAGACCCAAAAUACUAUUCCCUUGAUGGUGACUUCUUGCCGUCCAUUGAUUGGGAGAAAGAGAAGUCGGCCGCCACCAGAGGAAUAGAGGGAGCAUCAAAGGGACUGGGGCAUCAAGUAAUGAGCUCUAUUCCUGAAAAGCGAAGCAAGGAAGAGCUUGAUGUUUUACCACACAAACAAACCAAGGUCUCCAGCGUGUUCCCCGACCUUGAACGAGACUCAUUCCAACUUCCCGCUCCCAUUCAAUUGUCCCAGCCAGUAAAAGAUGAUGCCGAGGAUGAGACUGUCGCCCACAAGCAGGUCUCGGAGGCGUCUAUUCCCACUGCUGAUGACCAGGUUAGCGGGUACGCCCAGGAAGAUACUACUUCCCAGGGGCUACAGACGGAGCCUAAGGAUCGUGAACUCUUGAAGGAUUCUACUCACGAUGGCCGUCAAUCUACUUCCAUCGAAGAGCCAUCCGUGGAUUUCGAGGCUGAACAAUCAGGCCAGAAGCCGGGAGAAAGCUCUCGUUCAAUCGCAACGCAACUCCCAAUCGAGCAGAAUACCGGUGUUGCAGAAACCAACCAGACAAGAGGCAUCUCCGAUCCAUUCGCGGGCAGCGAGGUUCCUUUAUUCGCACCGAAGCCCGUCCACGAACUCCCCUCCUCUAUCUUCGGUCCCUACGAUGAAGAACGACGACAGCCUAGUCCUGAAUCCUGCGAACUUCGGCGCAGUCCAUCCAUUCACGGACGAUCCAACCAUCCUCCCCGAUCAUGGAAUCUAGAAAACGCCGCUCAGAUCGCAGAUCCCAGAACACCGUCGCCUUCCGGGCUCGGUGGUCCCCUAGGAACCGCCAAGGAGAUGGGUUCGCCUCCACGGACACCGCUACAGACCAUUACCGAACAAGAGCCAGGGGAUGGCAGCCGGGGAACCACGGGCCGUGAGCGCGGUACGCCCCGUCUGGAGAUGAAGCCCGAGCAUAUACUUCCUCGACCUGAAACGCCCGUACGCAAGUUUACCGACAACGCGUUGGCUCGCCAAACGUGGCCUACACCGGAGAAAGACACGCCCACCAGCGAGGAUGGGGGAGAAAUGGCCGUGAAAAAGCAGCGACAGGCCGGCAAGAAGAUAUCGGCGGACGUAUUACAGACGCCGGAGCAAGGCAUGCCGAUCCUGAGGCCGACCGACAGCGUGAACAGCCUUCGGAGCGCGCAGAGCCAGCGAUCGCUGCGACGAAUGAACCGAAGCACUAGCGGCGAUUUGCGGGCGGCGGCCAACCAACCGCCUGCGCCCCAGCCUCCUCCUGCGUCCCCUCCUCAGCCGUCCGACGUGAACUUCGAGCGCAUCGCUUCCUCUUCCUCCUACGACCCCGUCACAGACAAGGGCAAACGCCCCCUGCGCACCAUGACGGAUGUCUUUGAGGGUUGGGGAGAGACGCCGAGCUCGCCCCGGUCGCCUAGCCGACCGCCCAGCGUCCGGCACCGUCGCAGCAUGCAACACCUCCAAGAACUCGAAUCUCGUCUCGACCAACUCGUGUCCGAAAACCGCCUGCUUCUCGCCGAGCGUGAAUCCGCAGAGGAAAAAUUAAAGAAAACCAGUGUCGCUCGUCGCCGGAGUGACCAUGCCCUCAACACACGCGAUGCCGACCUGCGGGACAGGGAAGCCGAGGUGGAACAGCUGAAGAGUUCCGUGGACUGGCUUCAGAAGGAAGUCUCCCGAUUGAACGACGAAAAUGAAGGGCUGACCGCAUCCAAUUCUCGCCUUACUGCCCUUCAUGCGACCGAGAUUCAGACGGCGCGAGAAUCAUCCCUUCGCGAACUGGACGACUUGCGCCUCCAAAACCGGCAGCUGUCGAAGAACAUGCAAGACAAGAUCCGACAAGAGAUCGACACUGCCUUGGCUCAGAAAAACAUGGAACUGCGCCGACUACGCGAGGAACUCGAGAAUGCCCGCGACAAAGUGAAGGAGCUACAGCAGCAGAUCGCCGCGUCGAUGAACGAGAACGUCCUGGUAUUCCGCGACGAGGACUACUUCGACGCUGCUUGUCAGAAGCUGUGCGGCCACGUGCAACAAUGGGUACUACGAUUCUCCAAGCACUCCGACCAUCGUCGCUGCCGCAAGCUGGGUGACCUUCAAGACGAGAAGAUUGCCGACCGAUUUGACAACGCCAUCCUGGACGGCUCGGACGCCGAUGCAUACCUUUCCGACCGAGUGCGACGACGCGACGUGUUUAUGUCGGUUGUGAUGACAAUGGUGUGGGAGUUCGUUUUCACGCGAUACCUGUUCGGCAUGGAUCGGGAGCAGCGACAAAAGCUCAAGUCUCUCGAGAAACAAUUGACCGAGGUUGGCCAGCGCGGCGCCAUCCACCGAUGGCGUGCCACCACCCUCACUCUCCUAUCGAAACGUCCCACCUUUUCGCGUCAGCGCGACAACGACACCGAAGCUGUCGCAUUGGAGAUCUUCGAUACCUUGUCGCGCCUGCUCCCCCCGCCUACCCACGUGGAGUCUCAACUCCUUGACUCGCUACGCAAGGUGCUCCGGGUUGCAGUCAACCUGUCAAUUGAGAUGCGCACGCAGCUCGCCGAAUACAUCAUGCUGCCGCCGCUGCAACCCGAGUACGACACGAAUGGCGACCUGGCCCGACAGGUUCUCUUCAAUGCAUCUCUCAUGAAUGAGCGCAGCGGCGAGACCACUUCGAACGAGGAGUUGGAAUCCCAGCAGGCCGUCGUCCGAGUUGUUCUAUUUCCCCUUGUGGUGAAGAAGGGCAACGAUACCGGCGAGGGUGAAGACGAAGUGGUGGUCUGCCCGGCGCAGGUGCUUAUUGCCCGUUCCUUCAAAGAUAAAAGGGUAUCGAAAAUGAUGAGUGGGGACCGCAUGUCCCUGGAUGCCAACAAAUCCGUUCACAGUGUGGCCCCGUCAUCUAAUAUGGACAUGAGCAAUGUGAUCUGAGGCGUCACACUCGGAUCAUGAACAUGACGUGUCCACGGGAUCUGCACUGACAGUUGUUGGUGUCCAAUUUUUCUAUUUUUCUUCCUUUUCUUUUCCAUUCAAUCUGGAAUGGUGAUGGACCA